UGUUACAAAAUAUUAUUGAUAGAGCGAUACGAUUGGAUUGUUUUACGAGGUAUAGAUAACAAUUAAAGUUUUCCUGGCCUGUGAUUGGUCACAUGACGGUCGGCAGGGCGUCGUUACGAUGGACCACUAAUGAGAUAAACAUGUGAUCUAAGAUGGCGGACCUAGUGGGAAUCUUCAAGUAGUGGAAGUUUUUCAGACGGGACGCACCUCCACGACACUGGCUGCACCACCCCUCCGAUACACUGCUCAGUCAACAAUGAGACGCACAGGGGAAUCAACCUCCUCUCACCCACUGUUUGCAACUGUUGCGAAUAUUGCAUGCCGCUUUACGGGGAAGGAGAGCACUGCUCCAGAGGAGGACCAGGUACUGGCUCCACGGUCGGCAGGUGUGGCGACGGACUUUACUGUUGGCCGGGGGAAGAAGAUAACUACUGCGGGAGAAUGAAGUCGGAUUGCCAUUCUGCACAAGAUAGGUACGACGAGCGGGAGCGCAAUGGGGAGCUAGGGGCCCUGGAAGAGAGGCCGCGCUGUGACGGCAAGGGCAAGUAUUACAAGUUCGAGUGUGUCCCCGCACAAACAUGCUUCUGUCAGGCAGACGAUGGUAGAAGACUCUUUGGUGAAGUUCUGAAUCUUGGAGUAGUUACUGAGAACACUAUGCACUGUGGAUGUUCCCGAUUCCACGAUCUUAUGAAUUCAGUAAUCGGCAGCGGCGUGCCAGCCCCAGUAGUGGGUCCACGGUGCACUGCAGACGGCAACUACUUCCCGAUCCGCUGCAUCAAUAAUAUUUGCUACUGCGUUGACAAAAUCACAGGAAUCAUCAGCAAAGAUUACCCUACAGUACAUAUUGACUUGGAGAGACAAUCCAUUGCUCAACUGCCUUGCUAUGAGAAGGACUUAGAUUUGUUUGAGGAGUUCGACAAGGAACACCCGGCCACCUUCUCAUCGCCAUGUCUGAUGAAGCAGGCAGAGAUGGUGGCAGAGGUCCUGGAUUCUGAAGAGGAUGAGUUUAACCUUGACUUCUUCGGCGGCUUCCCUGAAUGUCUUCCGGAUUGGACUUUUGGAAGAAUCGCUGUGAACAGUGCUGGACACAAAGUCUGCGUGGACGAACGAGGAAGACAAAUCGAGAAUUACCAUGCUGAUAGGAAAACAGAUCCUGCUGCCUAUAACAAUAUGGACUGCAAAUGUGCGCUAACUAGAAAACUCAUGGGAGAUUUGCCUGAGAAGCCGGUCUGUUGUAGAAACGGCAAUUUCAGGAGGAUCCAGUGUCGCCGAGGCAUGUGCCGAUGUGUGGACAGCGAUGGAAGGCAGACUGAGAAGGAAACUAGUGACGUCACGGAGCUAAGCUGCUACGACAACGAUACCGAUUGGAGGACUUGUUAAGAUGUAUUAACUCUUUGCAACCAAACUCUUCUUGACAACCCUAACCUUUACCAAUCAAUUUUCAAACGUAUAAACUAUCAAACAAGGCUUAAAAUCACUUAACCCUUUAACCGCCGCAGUUGUAUAUAAGCAACUAUAAAAUAUUAAGUUACUUAUAUACACUCGCCGCAGUUGUACCUAUAUAAGCAGCUUUAUGCAAUAAGCAACUUUAUGCUAAUACUGCGUUGUGUAUUUUUAAACGUGUCAAACGGUAAUCGAGUUUGAUCUUUAUUAAUCAAGAAAUAGAUGUGAUAACGGUAAUGUAUCUAUAAUUUUAUUAUAACUUUCGUGAGACAUACUAAAUUAAUUAUUAUGUUAUCGGCUUACUCACAUAACUGUUUGCUACUGACAAUCGCCUCGUCGUGUGUCGCGGAAUGCUGCUCAUGAAUAUGAGCCUCUAGCAUGGCUUGAAACUAGUCGAGUUCCUCGUCAAACAGUUACGCGAGUAAACCGAUAACAUAGUAAUCUAACUAAGUUAGUGAUUUUAUAAAAUCAAGGACUUGUUUCAUAAUUCCUGACUAACUUGGUGUUAAUUUAAUUAUCAUUAUAAAAAACAUAGGUAUUAAGUACUUAACUAAAUAAAAAUAAUAACUAUGAUUAAAAUAUUUACAGUUUAUAAAUACCGAAAAAGAGAUUAUCAUUAUUGAAGGUAGAUAAUAUUUCAUACGGUUAAAGUUAGUAUAAAAAUUUAAAGUUAAUCAGGUAUUGUGAGUUAGGUUCUUAUAAUAUUUUUAUAAUAUGUAAAGUUUUGUAUACCUAUUUAAAUAGCUACGUGUGUGUAAAAAAAGUUAAUAAAUAUUGUGACUAAA